CCAGCACAGAAGCCGCGCAGCCGGCGGAAUGGAGCGGCGCCGGGGCUGAGCCGGGCGCACUCGGGCCGCCGCAUGUGCCGCGCGGGGAGCAGCUGCCGAGCGGGCGGACAGCGAACGCCAGGGGCCCCGUCGGAGCGGCCGCAGGAGCAGCGCCGGAGAUGGGAGAGCAGCCCAUCUUCACCACUCGAGCGCACGUCUUCCAGAUUGACCCCAGCACCAAGAAGAACUGGGUGCCCGCGAGCAAGCAGGCCGUCACUGUUUCCUAUUUCUACGAUGUCACCAGGAACAGCUACCGAAUCAUCAGUGUUGACGGAGCCAAGGUGAUCAUAAACAGCACCAUCACCCCGAACAUGACGUUCACCAAAACCUCCCAGAAGUUCGGGCAGUGGGCGGACAGCAGAGCCAACACAGUGUUCGGUUUGGGAUUCUCCUCAGAGCAGCAGCUCACGAAGUUUGCAGAGAAAUUCCAGGAGGUAAAAGAAGCUGCCAGACUUGCCAGAGACAAGUCCCAGGAGAAAAUCGAGACCUCGAGUAAUCAUUCCCAAGAAUCUGGGCGUGAAACCCCAUCUUCCACUCAGGCAUCCAGCGUCAACGGGACGGAUGAUGAGAAGGCCUCACAUGCGAGUCCGGCUGACACCCACCUCAAGUCUGAGAACGACAAACUGAAGAUCGCUUUGACACAGAGUGCUGCCAAUGUGAAGAAGUGGGAGAUUGAGCUGCAGACCCUGCGGGAGAGCAAUGCCCGGCUGACCACAGCCCUGCAGGAGUCGGCGGCCAGCGUAGAGCAAUGGAAGAGACAGUUCUCCAUCUGCCGAGAUGAGAAUGACCGUCUCCGCAGCAAGAUCGAGCAGCUGGAAGAGCAGUGCAGUGAGAUAAACAGGGAGAAGGAGAAGAACACCGAGCUGAAGAGCAGGAUUGAGGAACUGGAGUCAGAGCUCCGAGAAAAGGAGACGGAGUUGAAAGAUCUCCGAAAACAAAGUGAAAUCAUACCUCAGCUCAUGUCCGAGUGUGAAUAUGUCUCUGAGAAAUUAGAGGCAGCAGAACGAGACAAUCAAAACUUGGAAGACAAAGUGCGUUCUCUAAAGACAGACAUCGAGGAGAGUAAAUACCGACAGCGCCACCUGAAGGGGGAGUUGAAGAGCUUCCUCGAGGUUCUGGAUGGAAAGAUUGACGACCUCCAUGACUUCCGCCGAGGACUCUCCAAGUUAGGCACAGACAACUAGGCCGGGCGGAGCCUGGGUCCUGAGUCUCAAGUGUGUGUGUGAGAUGAAGUAGGCAUAGGACAUUCUCCAUUUCUGUUGCUUCUGUAAAUGCAGGUGCAGUCUGUCUGUCUCCAGACCAGUUGUGCCGUCCACCCACUCCUCCAGAACAGUAAAUCUCUCACUUCUCUGGCCUUGGGAGGUUGUGGACAACUGGAAGCUUCUGACUCAGGAAUCCAGAACUUGGUCUACCUUAGCCGUUUACGAAGUCAGGGCAGGGAUGUUUAUAUCUUUUUUUUUUUUUUUUUUUAAGGGCUGUUGCAACCCUGUGAAACCCUGGGAGGGAAAGCAUUUUCUAAUCCAAGUAUCAAUAUCCUUUACAACAGGCCACUGGGCGCCUUCUACUGCAUAGCAUUCAGGGUGUGUGACUCUCCGAAGAUUCCAGACCAUGGGCACAUGGAGGGAGUGUCUUUUCUCAGUAUGCAUUUGGAUGCUUUAGCAGAUGUAUCUAACCUUUUGAUGUUGUGAUACAACAUCAUCAUCCCCAGAGUUCACACUCAAGGAUUGCAAAAUUGGCUUACCCAAAAAGAAAUAAUUGUCAAAAACAAACAAACAAAACACCUUACAAUGUUUUAAGUAAAUUUACUAUUUUGUGUUGGAGUAUAUUCAUAGCUAUCCUUGGCUGCAUGUGGCCCUCGGGCUGUAGGCCAAGCCUACCUAAUUGAAAGGAACCAUUUAGUGGAGACUUAUCCAGAGGGAAGAAAACCCAGAAGUUUUGGGGUACACCUACAGAUAGGGGACCACUCGUACCCACUGUGCCCCAUCCUCCCCUGAUUUGUAUGGUUGCGACAAUGUCCCUUUCUUGUUUUUUUGUUGGUUGGUUGGUUGGUUUUUGUUUUGUUUUUAUUUCAGAGCAUAUGCUUACGCUGUGGGAACAGAUGCAGGAGGGUGCCCCACACAGUGCCGGGCACACAAUAGGUGCUUAAUAAACAUUUGUUCAACUAAACAUAGAAACAGAAUUUAGUGUUUUCAUCAAAGCCCACAGCAGAGUUGAGACCCUGGUUGAAUCCUACAUCAUCUAUGUUGUGCUGAAGUGAUCAGAAACGAAUUCAGUUUACUGCAGCAACCCUAGACUUGGCUCUGAGGCAGGGACUGUGGCAAUGGAGCCAUCACAGA